CUUGACCUAGCUACGAGGAAGACAAGUGGGUCGGCGACGCAAGCGAAACGAUCCAUCCAUUUCUCACUGGCGGCGGCGGCGCGGCCUCCACCUCUCCGACGGGCAGAUCCUCGGAGCGGACCGGGGGUAGGGGAGAUGUCGUACAUGCGGGGCGACCUGCUGACCAAGACGCGGAAGCUGGUGAAGGGCCUUGCCAAGCCUGCACCCACCUGGCUCAAGGCCAUGGAGGAGGCACCUCCGGUGACAUUUCCUCGCACCGAUGGGAAGAUCAAGAAGAUUGAGAUGCCAGAGGAUGUGUACGUUAAGAGGUUCUUCAAAAAGCACCCAGAUUCACUCUACCAUGAUGCGAUCAAGAUAAGUGGAUUUGAUCCACCACCAGCACGAGUUUUUGCUUGGCGCGUCUUAGAGUUGAAAGAGCAAGGAGUCAGUGAAGAUAAUGCGAUGGCUGUAGCAGAUAUGGAGUAUCGAACAGAAAAGAAAGCAAAGAAGAAAGCAUACAAGGAACUGAAAGAAAUUGCCCGCAGUGAAGGAAAGAGACCACCCCCAAAUCCAUACCCAAGUGCCAUCAAAGAAAUACAGGCAGAGGAAAAGAAGUAUGUUAUGGAUCGUUUCUUUAACCCAAAGGUAAUUGAGAUUGCGAAUAAGAUGAAAGAGGAGAGAGAUCUGAUGCUUCAAGAUAGAGCGGCAUCAGGUCAGUGGCGGUAGCUGGUAUCAGUUGUACUGGCCGACUAUGCAUCGUUGUUUAUGACAUCGUCCAACUGGUAUUAUAAAAAAUAAUGGAUGCGUAUUUGACAUUGAUAUGGCAAACAAAAAACUCAU